UUGUUUCUCCUCGUGCAUACUCGGAAGACUAAAAUCUUCAUCUUGUACAGUUUGACUGAUGAUCUGGCACCCAACAUCACUCGUAUGGUAUCUUCGCUAACAGUAACCUUAGGCGACCGCGUCCUUCAACCCAGCAUACCAUCAAGGGCGCCCACCUCACCACUUCUGAAGUCUCGCCGCGCUAUGAGAACACCCGGUCUUGAGUAUCAGUAACCUUCAACAUUCAAUGUGAAGAGCUUACCGACGCCACGGAUUAUCAGUAGGCCCUUCGCGAGUUGCAACGGGAAACAUGGACAUAUCGCAAGAGGCUCAGCCAUGCAGAUCUUUUGCAGAGUGCAUGUCGGCCUUUGAGGAUUUGGAACAAAAGACGGAGAGAAUUUUCACUAUCGAGCUCAGCGGCCUGGAAAGUCUACUCAACACAAUACGUGCCACACUCGAUGAGGCAGCGACAAAGAAAGCGGCUGUCUGGCUCCAGCAAUGGACCCACAUAUGUACUAGCCCAUCAUACUUCGAGCAAAACGUUGAAGGCAAUGAAUCCUUGUCUCAAGCGGAAGCACAUCUCUUACCAGACGACCUGCCUCCGUGUACAUGCCAUCACGCGUCGGACCUGAUAAUUGAUGAUCUGCAAGACAGAAUCGCAGAUCAGCUGCUGUCUAUGAUGGAAGCAUUUUGGAAGAACAGGCCAUCCGACAUCGAAGAGUUGAAACUGGUGAGGGAGAAGCUGGACCAAGAGAUAAUUUGUUUCAACAAACUAAGUGCAAAUCAUGCAAAGAUUUCACGCGCGCUUGAAGACGCGGAGCGAAGAGCAGAAGAUCUAGAGAUUAGAUUAGCAGCUUUCGAGAGGGACGCCACGGACAAAGAGAGACUUGUGAGCGACAGGUACCGCGAGCUUGAGAGAAGCUACUACAACAAGGUCCAGAAAUUGGUUGAAAGCCGGGUGCGCGAUGAGAGAGCCAGGCUUGUUGAUCGGCUUGAGGAUCUGGAAGCGAAAGCCUUGCGCUAUGCUAAACUUCUCGACGAAAACGAGCUAUUGAAGGCCAAGAUCUUACAGGGGGAUCGAGAACAGGUACUGCUCAAGCGAGUGAAGCUGGAAAUGGAAAAGAAGUAUCAGGACCGGGAUGAGGAGGCUAAGGCUUUCAAAGAAGGUUACGAUCAAAUCAGCAACGACAUCCAAAUGCUCCAAAUCGAGAGGGCGGUACUCCAGGCGGACUACGAUACACUAAAAAAAAGAACAAGAAGGAUGGUCUAAACAACAAACGUCGAGCUCUGAGCUACAUCGUGUUGACCAGCCUGCAGUCCUAAACCAACCCAUCUCAGCUAGGCCAGCGGUUGUUCGGCAAACCGCCGAGCUUCAGCAUCUAGCCGGCCUUAUAAUCACCUGACAAGCCACGCUACACAAUGUGACUGUUGAGAGGAAUGGCUCAACUGAGCGGAAAGAAUUUCUCGAGGGAAAAAUCCGAGAAGCCGAACAGCAACUAAAGAAGUUGAAGCCUGCUCAUCCAUCGAAGCCUCAUC